AUGUCAACACCUGAGAACGACCAGGAGGGUGGCCCUCCCGCUCCUCACAUAUCACUCUCUGUCAAUACAUCUCCUCAAGCUAGGGCGAAACGAAGAAUUGCCGCACUCAUGGAGGAGGUCGAAAUCUUGAAGCAGGACAAAGCAACCAAGCAAAGGAAAACCACUUAUUAUGUCUCGCAGGGACGAGCAAUUUGUCGAUUGGUUGUUCUUUUCAUUCCUAUAGAGGAUAUUGUUGCCGAAAAUGAUUGGUGUUGUGAGAAUGGAGACGACUCUAGCACUCUUGAACAGGAUCACCUUCAACAUGGCUAUAUCGAACUCGUCAAGGUGCUGCCAUGGUUUCAUGAUAGGCUGGCAAGUCUUGACCUCAAAGAGUCAGAGGACAUGCUUAGAAAGCUCAGGCGAGGCGCAGACUCAGCUCGUGGUGAUGAUACAGCAACUCUCAAGGAGCUUGUGGGCUCCUGGGUCAAUACUGAAUGUCAUCCGUCUUUGCUCAUCAGGCCAAACAAUAAGCAUGGUCAAGGUUUUGUAAGCGAUGCAUGCGGUAAAUUACUUUGCCCAGUGGAAUGGCGCUGGGAGGACCCAGUUGUCAGGGCUGGGAUUUGUGAUCGCACAACUGCCUUCAUCGUUUCUGAAAAUUCUUGGCCAUCGUUUAUGUAUGAAAAUUCUAAAGUGGAUGCCACAAAUCUGGAGCGCGGUCUAUUUAAGUCAAAGCUGUUAGUUAUGGGAUUCAAAGCUAUUUUUACCUCUCCCUCCUCUGCCAAUGAAGUAGAUGGUGAUGGUGAUGCUGCUGAUAUUAUUGAGAACGAUAGACGUGCCCGGAGAAGAUUGGAUCAAUCCAAAGUGAAGACUUGUGUCGCCUCCAUAAUAGGUAUGAGGAAGGUGACUCCUCGCGCGAUCGCAUAUGCAGCUUGCCAAAUCCGAUUCACACUUUCCAGCAUCACCUCUUGGCGCGCUGUAGAUGGAGAUUUUGACUAUAACACCUGCUGGAACAAUGUUGUCGACUUCUUUGAGGAUUCACCGGGCCCAGCUGCGCGACUCAGGGUCAAGGAACUUCUUGAGUGGUGGACACAGUUAGAUUUGAUGGCGGAUGUUACUAUCCAAAUGUCUGUCAAUGUUCUCGCUGCUCAGAGACAGCAGAUGGAGGAUGCCGCAUACUUCACCAACUAG